AUGGCUGCACAUAAGGAGCCUAAAAAAUCCUUUGCCGAUGCGGCAAGGGAAUCGCUUGUCCGUGCUGUGAUUGAUCGGAAUGCCUUUGAUGGUGGGAUCACACAGCAAAAUUGGGACUUGGUAACCAGAAAGCUGUGGGCGGUAUAUCGCGAGGUUCUCCGAGAUAACGUAGGACCUCCACCCUUCUGCUCAGACGCGGGUUGGUUACGGGGUGUCAAAAUGAUUAAGUGCGCCGAUGAGAGAUCUGCGCAGCUUUACAAGGCCGCAAUCAAUAAGAUUGGGGAGCCCUGGCCAGGUGCACGACUAGAUGUCGUGAAGAGGGAAGAGAUUCCAAAUCGCCCAAAAUCCAGGGCAUGGAUCCCGGAAUACCAUGAUGAUUCGUCGGAGGUUCUGGGCUAUAUUCAGUUAGGCAAUCCAGAGCUUCCAACUCACGAUUGGAAGGUUGUAAAGCUGGACCUCCAUGUGUAUCGACAGGAUAUGUCGAAGGAAGCUCCCUCCGCAGAAACAGUUGGGGCCGCCGUGGAGGAGACCGAAUGCCCUAUGGACUGCGAAGUUGCGUCCAGCUGCGAAACG